GCGAGCAGAGCUCAGUCUGACUUGGACGCUUGAUCAGCAAACUUGAAAGCUUGUGAACCCAUCCGCAAAUAAAAGUGCGAAUUUGUAUACUUGCAAAAUAUUCCCCUACGAAGUUCUACGAAGGGACAAAUUAGAUAAUCAAAUUUGUUUAAAAAACAGAAAAUAGAAUGGAAACUGUGCUUCCCAUCGUGAUUCCGGAGCAAGUGUCCCCACCACGGGGGAGAAAACAGGCCGUGACGAAAUCCCCCUCAUUCCUCACCACCACCUUCGCAGGUCACACCAUGUUCGGAGGAAACACUGCGGAAAUCAUUUCCAAUGGAAUCAGAAGCAAUAGAACGUGUACUAUUCAGAUCUCAAAUCAUUUAAGCGUUCCGUUAACGCUUCCACAUUUCUACUGUUUCGACGGAGGUUUGUACUACCCACUCCCAGCAGUUAUCCAACCCGGUACGAGGGAGGCGUGCGUUUUCUCCAAAAAUCCAUCCUCUCCCCACGGCGUUAUUGGCGUGCUGACCUACCAAAUCGGUGACUCUCCGAGGCGCGUCGCGGUCAUGUUUUCCGUCGCGUACAACCAACUACAAUACCGAAACCACUUCGGAACCGCGAUCGUGACGGGUUUCGACUUGGAGAACUCGGCCCUUUUCACCCACUCGGAGGACGAAGAGGAGGACGAGGUCACGCUCCUUUUCGACAGGAUGUACCAGGACGCCGACUUUUACCAGCGGGGAGGUCGUGCCCACAGUUUGGCCAAUGACGUCGUCCCCAUGUGGACGACGGAUGGUGCUUAUCAAAUCAGAGGGACGAUGAGCGACAGGGGCAAAGCGAUCGUUAAGCUUAAUAUAUCUUUGACGUAAAGUCACCAUUUUUUCGAAUGACUGAAUCAUAAUUUACCCACGUUUCCGUUAAUCUCAUUAGUUAAGUUUGCAUUUAUUGUAAGGUUACUUUUGUAACUGCAUUUUGCACUUUUGCGAAACGACUCACAAAUCCUUACUUACUAUUUUAUCUAUUAUUGAUUUGAUGAUUUUAUUCCGCAAUUCUUGGCCAAUAUUUGGCCGAGAAUAACAAUUAAGUUUUAACUUUGCAGACAAAUCAACAAAUUAUAUUUUUAUGGACUAAUUAAUUUUAGCUAAUUAAAGGAUGUUAUUUAAUUAAUAAAAAAGAUAUCUUAAGUACAAACA